GCUAAGUCCCGCCUUCCCGGAAAAGGCCGAGAGCCUUUUUCUAUAACUAUUCAACGUGUCUAUCAAAUUCAUUGUCACUGGUGAAACGAGUGUGAUAACGCAGUCAGAGAAGUCGGUUUGCCACAGACAUUUCACCGAGAGCUCCUCGGCUGGAAAAAAAAUGGCCCCCAGACAGCGAUGGAAGUUAAAGCGCUACGGGCGCGUCGUCCCCGGUUCCAGGGAGGAGGGAGGGAUGCAGCCUUGGGAGGUAUUUGAGGCAAAUGGCGGUAAACCUGAAAUUGUCCUAACCAUUGUGGAACCUGGAUACAUGCUGGUACUGCAAGGACAGGAAAGCUUGGACACAAUCCCGUUGCUCUGUGGUUCAGACUUUCUCAAAGUACACCAGAAAUCUGAUAACCUGAUGUUUCGAGUUACUGUGGAGGGGGAGAGCCGCAUGAUAAGGAUGCAGUUCGAAGGAAGUUGCAGAGCAGAGGCUGUCAAGGAGUGUUCAAGUGCUGUGGAUAAACUGACGGAGUACAUGCCUGUCACCACUCAGGAUCAAGCCCCACCAUCCCACAAUCAGCCCCCUGCUGAUGUGUCUGCACCAGGGACGCAGGGAACGGAAGUGGGAGUUGAACCUGAGGUUGUCCAAGGAUCGUUGUCCAUCAAGCGUCUGAUAGAGCACUUUCUGGGAGAAACUGCUAUGACCCUGCCUCAAGUAUAUCACCACUGUCCUUUGGCACAAGGUGACAUGGAGCCCAUCCUCCGUGUUUGUUUGCUGGAUCCCAGCUUUCACCUAUUUGUGGAGAAUGUGGAGUGUGAGCUGAGGAAACUGCAUCAAGAGUGAAUAAUCUCGACAACAGCUGAAGGCAGAAAGGUCAAGUUAGUGCAAUGUUUUUCUUAUACAGUUUGUGUAGGCAGCACCUGGUGAUGGUGGUGGAGUGUUUCAUGCUGUACUGCCAAGGUUUUUUGAAAUGUUACAUAUUAGUUGUUGUACUAUAUUGCUCUGAA